AUGACCAUCACCACCACCGCUGCCCAGGUUGAGGCCAUCCUCGCUGCGCCCCCCUCCGAGCCGCGCCCCGUGGUUACGGGCGCACAGAAGGCUGCUCUCGACAAGUUCAAGGCCCAUUUUAAGGGGUUCAAGCUCGAGGGGAGCGAGUUGACUGAGCGCGAGAAGAUGUGGCUGUCGGAGGAGACGCUGCUGCGCUACCUCGUUGUAACCCACGGCGACCCGGACGCGGCCAUCACCCGCCUCGAAGCGACCCUAUCCUGGCGCCGCAAGUUGAACCUGUACGACAUCGACGCCACCGCGGCCAUCGCCGAGCGCGAGACCGCAAACGCGACCCGCUACAUCGCGGGCUGGAACGGCUUGCGGCCCGUAAACUACGUGUGGAUGGCCCGCAACCUCCUCCCCCUCGACGAUAGGGAGAUGGUGCAGAACGUCUUCCUUCUCGAGAGGAUGAUGGACCUCACCCCCGCCGGCGCACAGCAAGUCUGCACAGUCUUCAACUUUGGAGGCAAGCAGCAGGGUCCCAAGCCCAGCCUCGGCCAGACAAAGGACAUGCUCCAGGUCUACGAUGUCCAUUACCCACGUCAGCCUAGCUUGACCAUGCUCCAGGAUAUGGGGUGGGCUAUGCGCGCCUUCGUUAAUAUGGUGUGGCCGUUUAUUGGGGAGGCAAAGGAGAGGACUAUUACCAAGACGGGAGAGCAGGCUGUGGCCGACGGUCAGUUCCAGGCUAGCGGGCUCACUAAGGAGUGCGGCGGCUCCCUCGACUUCACGUACGACCACAAGACGUACUGGCCUACCCUCCUUUCCGUUACUAAGGCACGCCGCGACGCGUACCUCACCAACUGGCGCAAGCUCGCUCCCGAGGUCGGCCACUCCGAGUACGACUGGAAGUUUGUGUAG